UUUUAGUAUUUGAUACGUACAGUCGUAUACAGAACUUUUUUUUUUACUUCAUUUUUGUGUCAAAUGAACUUUGAACUUUGACCUAAAAACUUUUCAGUUUAAGAUUAGAAACUUGGGUUACGUUGGUAGAAAUAGAAAAAUAAAAACAGUACAAUCACGUAAAUUAUUUUUAUAUCAAACAAUUAAAGUGACGUCCAAAGUAUUAUUAACUGUAUAAGUAUAUUUUGAUAUAUAUUUUUAUAUUUGAUUACAAAUUAUAUAAAGAAUAAAUAAAUAAAGUAAAAGUAAUUUUAAAAAAUGGCUGAAAAUGUGAGUCCAAUAAAAUAUUUUUUGAGUGGAGGAGUCGGUGGAAUUUUCACAGUAAUAACUGGUCAUCCUUUGGAUACAAUUAAGGUCAGACUCCAGACGGCUACGGGAGCAAACGGAGCUCCCUUGUACACCGGGACCUGGGACUGUACCAAGAAAAUUUGGACCAAUGAAGGCUUCAGGGGUUUUUAUAAAGGAAUGGGAGCGCCGUUGUGUGGAGUCGCGCCAAUUUUUGCGAUAAGUUUCCUGGGAUUUGGUCUGGGGAAACGGCUGCAGCAAACUUCCAAGGACCAGCAGCUAACUGCGCUCCAACUAUUCAACGCAGGAGCCUUCAGCGGAGUUUGCACGACGGUUAUAAUGGCACCUGGAGAACGGAUUAAAUGUCUGCUCCAAGUCCAGCAUGGCCAGGAAAAUGUUAAAUAUAAUGGCCCGGUUGACUGCAUCAAGCAGCUGCACAAGGAGGGUGGGAUGAGGAGUAUUUACAAAGGGACUGCUGCUACUUUAUUGAGAGAUGUACCUGCAAGUGGAAUGUAUUUUAUGACAUACGACCUAAUUCAACGAUUACUAGCCAAAGAAGACAAGAAACUUUCACUCCUGUCAACAAUUUUCGCCGGCGGAUGCGCCGGUAUCGCCAACUGGAUCGUCGGGAUGCCUCCAGAUGUCAUAAAAAGUCGCCUUCAAACAGCACCUGAAGGAAUGUACAAAGGGGUCGGUGAUGUCUUCAGACAACUGAUCGCCACCGAAGGAAUCCGCGGGCUCUACAAAGGCGUAACUCCCGUAAUGCUCCGCGCGUUUCCCGCCAACGCCGCCUGCUUUUUGGGCUUUGAGCUCGCGAUUAAAAUCCUAAAUUUUGCUGCACCAAAUUUGUAACCUCCUCUAUCUACCUCGUAAUUUUUUGCUUUUCUUACAAAUAUAAGUAUAUAAAUAUAUAAUUAUAAAUUGUAUAUAAAUUAUAUUAAUUGGUUUAUAUUUUCUAUGAAAAAUUUUAUAAAAAAUUUUUUUUAUUAACUCGUAUUUUUAAAUACAUUGUAAUAAAAUAAAUUUCAAGGCA